GCUCGGGUCCCUGAUGCGGGAAUCCGACUACUUCUACUUACCCACUACUCCAAACAUCACAUCAGUCGGCCUCCUGACAUCUGUUUCCCCCUUCGAUACCACACGCAUGCGUCUGUCCUUUCGGCCUCCAGCACACCCGGCUACCAUUCGCAGACGCCUCGGGCCUUGGGCUUGCGUGACUCCUCCAGCGAAGGACGGUCUGGAUCUAACGUCACGAGAUCGGUCUACAGCCGCAAUGACAUGACUGGAAUGCGCCGGAAUCAUAUGUGGAAUAACGUCGCCUCUGCACACCAACCGGCGUCGGCCAAUUGACGCUGUCAGCUCCAAACAACCUAUUGAGAAUUUCUCCAGGCCCCUUCUUCUCACUUGGCCUUGCAUAUCCAACCAAAAUUCCCCGGGGCACUGAGGGUGUUCUCAUCAGCGCCGCCUGUCAGUCAACCGGCCCAACCGCAUACCUUCUAUCAACUCGCGAAGAGGGACGCAGCCUGUCGCGCACCACCAAACCGAGUAAGCUUGCACCGCCCUACUCUCCCACUCAGGCAUUCUUUACAAGAGGUCGGAACUCUCAAACGGCACAACUUGCGUUGCGGCCCGCUAUCCUUUAUCUGCCGCCACGCGACCCUCCAUAGCCCGUCCUACAUGGGCUGUUAAUCUUGGAGCCAGGGCUCCAGCUUUCCGCCCCGCUCUGUACAAUCUUUUACACUGCUGGUCACUUUGCCAUGCGCCAUUGGGAACACAGAAACAUUUCACAAAUACAGUGGUCAACUACAGAGUGGCACCACCGUGGCCCUCAGCCUUGGAUACUAAGAGCAGCGCAAAGGUUUCUGAAAGUCGACCGGUUUCCGUUGCCAUAAUUUGAUCUGCUGUUGUCAAAGCGACGACGCUCGCAUAAUUCGCAGUGCUCUUGGCGGGCUAAUAUCACCGGAACAAAAAAUGACGACGGCCGUACAACAGCUUGAGACGAUGCCGACGCCGGCGAGACCUAAGAGUUUGGUCGCCGGUUUCUCAAACAAUGGCGAUGCUGAAAUGGAGAUGAACGGUCACUCACCGCCGAUCUUGACCACCACCACAUUUGGCAGCGGACCUCAAAGGGGCGACACAAGGAUAGUCGUCAUCAUAUACGGGACCGGCCAGGACAAGAUCGUGUCCAUAUUCGCUGAGAUCCUGGGGAAGCCUCAGCGACUUAUUGACGCUUUCAGAGACGUCAACGAGGCGGACCAAGGGCUGGUCGUUGGUAUACCUGCAGACAAGGCGAAGACGGACAUUGCAGACCGUGAUCAGGGGCUCGUUGUGGCUAUCAACGCACACUGGGUGAACCUGGGCAUGCCGCCGGACAAGCUUCUAUCCGCGCAGUGUGACUAUGAGUUUCUUUAUACCGAAGCACCUUCUUUCCGAAGGGACCUGUCGAGGUUCAUCUCCUUCACCUUGGGCCAGCUCAACCACCACGAGACACUUAUGGCAAAGUCAAGGACAUACUUCAUAUCAACCACCUUCCCAGACGUGCGGGCAGCCCUGCCAAAUCUGGACAUCCUGACGGUCGGGGCAGAUGCUGUUGAGAUCCGUGUCGAUCUGUUGAAGGAGCCCCUUGGGGACGGCACGUAUUCAGACAUACCAAGCUUGAGCUAUGUUGGCCAGCAGGUCAUGCUUUUGCGACAGAGUACAGAGCUCCCUAUCAUAUUCACGACAAGAUGUACGAGAGAAAAUGGACGAUUCCCUAUGGAUGAUCCUAACCUAUACUACGAAUACCUGCACAGAGCCAUCAAGUGGGGUGUAGAGUACAUCGACGUCGAGCUCUGGCUGCCCGAAACCAUUAGGAAGUCACUUUGGGAACAGAGAGGGAGCAGUCGAAUAAUGUCUGCGUUUCACGACUUCUCUGGCACUUUCAAGUGGCCUUCGAGAUACGCCGAGGAGAUAUUCGUGGAAUCCCAGAAAUAUGCAGACAUCAUCAAAAUGAUCGCAAUCAUCAACGACCACAACGAGAACUUCGAGCUUGAAUAUUUCCGAUCGAAGAUGAAGGCCGACUACCCAGACUCACCGCCCUUCUCGGGCGUCAACAUGGGCGAGACUGGACAAUUCUCCAGAACCUUGAACAAGGUCUUCACCCCUAUCACGCAUCCGCUGCUGCCAAUCAUAGCCGCACCCGGGCAGAUGAGUGCGGCCGAGAUAAACGCAGCGCUGUCUUUGCUCGGUCAGCUGCCCAAGAAGAGUAUCUACGGCAUCAGCAGCCCAGCCAGCCGCAGCGCGACACCACAGGCCCCCUUCUACGAGAAAUGCUUCAACGAGCUCGGCUUGCCACACCACUUCGCAGUGGUAGAAAGGCAGGCCAAGGGUAACGGCGGCAUGGAGGCGUGGUGUAACCAGAAGAACUUUGGGGGUGCCUACCUCCAACCGCCAGUCUCCUUCCAUAGCCUGGUCGGGAACAGCCCAUUCUUCGCCUCCGUCAACGGCGGCGCCGGCCCCAUACUCAGCGAGGCGGCCCGGGUGAUCGGUAUGGUCGACACGAUCGUCGUGCGGCCAGGGGCGUCCUCGCCGUCGCCGUCCUCGGCGCCGGCGUCGAUGCCCUCGAGCCCACGUAAUGGCCACGCGCGGAUGGACUCGCUGGGCCACCUGGGCGGCGACUCGGGCCUCUCGCCCAACACCACGCUCAUCUUCGACAACGCCCUCUGGCGAGGCGUGCUCAGCACGCUGACGCGCGACCUCGCGCCGUCAGCCUACUUCGGCAGGGCGGCCGUGGUGCUAGCAUCGUCGUCCGAUGACGCCGCGAGCGUCAUCUUCGCGCUCAAGGCCCUGCGCGUGGGGAAGAUCUACACCGUGGGCUUCAAGACACCUCCAGCGCUGGCCUACGGCCUGACCAUCGAGCCGUUCAACUCGCUCGAGUCCCUCCAGCGGGCGCGCAUGGUCGGCGCUACUGACGACGCCGCGUCGCCCUUCGUGGUCGUCAGUGCCCUCGGCCCGGAGAAGGCUAACAUCGUCGGCAUGUUGAUCCGGGUCUUUGGCGGCGGGGCCAACAACAAGGCACGCGGUUCAGGAUCCGGGUCGGCGCGCAAGGUCUUCCUCGACCUAGCCGACGGCGGCAUGGCUGUGGCCCGCAAGGCCGACCCGGGAAUCGUCGCCGAGCAGAGCGGUUUCACAGCCUACGGCGUCGCAGACACGGCCGCGUUCGCGACGGUCGAGACGCUGAGGCUGUUGGUGGGCCAGAACGUACCGUACAGCUUUGUCAGGCUGGCGAGCGGGCGAGGCAUGUUCUGAAAACCUGAUGGGAAAGCACCUGAGCCUCGCAAGCACCGUCCGAUGCGCUCCGCGGAAGCCCCUGCCUGACUUCGGGCUGCUUCAGGAGCCAUGCGCUGAUGGGUCGGCGUAGGUUAGGGGAUAUGCGGGACCCUGUGUGUGGGUAACGACGUGGAGCUGCCUCGCCUUUACAUGCUACAGUACAGCCCGCGCAUAAUGGGCCCCGGCGAUGCACCUGGGGAGCUGGAAAGUCAUGUAUCCGGAAGGCGGCGCUUCACGAGAGCGUUCGGGGAUACUGAGUCGCGUGUGAUGGAGUCGCUCCUUGUUGGUGCAGGAAUGGGCCUUUUUUGCUUUGGUCCUGUCCGCUGCAUCCCGAGUCUCUUUUCCGACCGGAUGCUUUCUUCGGAAAGGUCGACGGGUGGGAGCGUUUGUGAUGGCACUAUACCGCCGCUCAAUGGCACCAAGGCGGUGGGUAGACAGACAGCUGGAUGUGGCCCAGAAGGGGGGUGGGCGCACAACACUGGGGGCGGGAGGGCAUCCCCAUCAGGAAUGAUCAGGGCAAGAGUCAGCGGUGGAGCCAGAGGCCCCAUGGGGUAUGGGAGCAAGCAUAGCAUCGGC